AUGGCUGACAACAACAAUACAAGUCUUUUAGGUGGACAUGCUCAAUAUGUAAAAGGAGCAAUUGAAGAAACAAUUGGCAAUGUUACAGGUAGUCAAGCUUGGAAAGAUUCAGGUGCACACGAUAAGCAAGAAGCGACUGAAAAAAUGAGAGCUGCAAAUCAUGGACCAAGCGAUUCUUCACUUAUCAGUGGUACUACAGAGAAGAAAAUAGGCAAUAUGAUCGGCUGCGAAGGAAUGGUUCACAACGGUGAAGAGAAAGAACGAAGACAGUGA